AUGUUGCCAGUCGCUACUCUCCUCUCUCUGGCACUCGUCGGCAGUGCGGUAGCAGUCCCAAAGGCAAAGGCACCUCCAGCUGGUUUCGUCACAACUGCAGGAACCAAGUUCCAACUGGACGGCAAAGACUUCUACUUCGCCGGUAGCAAUGCCUACUACUUUCCCUUCAACAACAAUCAGACAGAUGUCGAACUUGGCAUGCGCGCUGCAAAGAAUGCUGGCCUGACCGUGUUCCGGACCUGGGGCUUCAAUGACAAGAACGUAACAUACUCAGCGACAGGCCUGCCACAGUAUGGCGCAGAAGGCGCAGGUUCCACCGAUGUCGUCUUCCAGAGAUUCGCCAAUGGCAAGUCGACGAUUGACCUGACCGCAUUCGACAAGGUAGUCAACGCAGCAACACAGACUGGCAUCAAGCUUGUCGUGUGUAUGACGAACAACUGGGCAGACUAUGGUGGCAUGGACGUCUACACUGUGAAUUUGGGCGGCAAGUAUCAUGACGACUUCUACCGCUUGCCCGCGAUCAAGGAUGCGUACAAGAGAUAUGCUAAGGCCGUGGUCACACGCUACAAGAACAGCCCAGCGAUCAUGGCAUGGGAGCUUGCAAAUGAGCCUCGCUGUCAAGCCGAUGGGGUCCGCAACCUUCCACGCAGUGAGAAUUGCACACCGGACAUACUGACCUCCUGGAUGGACGAGAUGAGCACAUACAUCAAAUCGCUCGAUCCGAAUCACCUUGUCACUACUGGAUCUGAAGGUGGCUACAAUAUCCCCAGCAACCCCGACGGCUUCUACAAUGGCUAUGAUGGUGGUGAUUUCGAGAAGGAGCUGAAGUUGAAGAACAUUGACUUCAACACUUUCCACACUUACCCAGAUUGGUGGAGCAAGACCGUGCAGUGGGCGAACCAGUGGAUCAAGGAUCAUGCUGCGACGGGACAGGAAGUGGGCAAGCCAGUCGUUCACGAAGAGUAUGGCUGGCUUACACCCGCUGCGCGUCUCGAAUAUCUCGGUAAGACAGCUGCAGCCAACGAAACGCGUGUCAACGUAUUGGGUCUAUGGCAGAACACCACCUUGGCCCUGAAGGUGUCAGACAUGUACUGGCAGUUCGGUUACUCCGGAUUCUCGUAUGGCAGGAACCAUAAUGAUGGUUUCACGAUCUAUCUUGAUGAGUAA